UGGUGUGAUACAGGUCUUUCAAGAUGUUCACCCUUUCCGAUGUAUUGUCCGACUGGCGGUAUUUUGACGUUGCCGUUGUGCGCUUCGCUGAGAUUGCCUUCCGUAAUCCUGUGAGCCGGUACCGUCGCCUGAAUGUAAGUGAUCGGAGGCUGUUUGCCACACUCCUAAACGAUGCUAAGGUUACGGGUACCUCUUUGGAUUUUACACCGUUUUCAGGGGAAGUUUGGGAAUUGGACUUCUAUUACAGUACGUAUCCCGGCUACGCGAAGUAUCGCGAUUUUUAUUCCCACAACUAUGCUAGACUUCUGUGGUGGCUUGAGUCAGGUGAGGAUGUUUACCAUCCGUCCCCCCGACGUUCCGACUUCCAUUCAGAGGUUUUGUUCUCCACGGUGGAGGCUCGGCUGGCAGCCCGACUGGUCGCGCUGGAAGUUUUGAACCUCUGGGGGGAGAAUCCGGAAUCUGAAGCCUUAUAAUUUUUUCCUUUGUCAAUUGCAAUCCGGUAUUCCCUUUUUGAAUUUUCAAUACAUUUUUUAACACAA